AUGUCCCUUCAGGAUCUCAUCCCGGUGGUCAACAAGCUCCAGGAUAUCGUCACCACCACCCAGUUGGCCGACAUCGACUUGCCCGUGUUGGCCGUUGUGGGCUCCCAGCUGUGUGGGAAGCUGUCGGUGUUAGAGAAUAUUGUGGGCAAAGACUUCUUGCCUCGAGGCACGGGGAUCGUCACCAGAAGACCGUUGGUGUUGCAGUUGAUCCACGUGAACCCAGACGACCCCAUUGUGCACGAGUACAACAGGGCAGAUUUGUCGAGAUCGUCGAGUGAGGGCUCCUCUUCGGAAGUGAGCUUGGAGGAGCACUUGAGAAGAAACACUCAGAGGGCUAAUGGCACCAUCCACAGCGAGGCAUCUGCCGAAGCGUCAUCGCCUCCCCUGGAGUGGGGGGAGUUCUUGCACAUCCCCAAUAAGCGGUUCUACAACUUCGACGAUAUCCGCAAGGAGAUCGAGUCGGAAACGUUGCGGAUCGCAGGUCAGAACAAAGGAAUCUCCCGCUUGUCCAUCAACUUGAAGGUUUACUCGGACAAGGUGCUCAACUUAACAUUGGUGGACUUGCCGGGGCUCACCAAGAUCCCCAUUGGCGACCAGCCCACCGACAUUGAGCGCCAGACCCGCUCGUUGAUCCUAGAGUAUAUUUCCAAGCCCAACUGCAUUAUCUUGGCUGUUUCGCCUGCCAACGUGGACUUGGUCAACUCAGAGUCUCUCAAAUUGGCUCGCCAGGUCGAUCCAACGGGCAAGAGAACCGUCGGUGUCUUGUCCAAGCUCGAUUUGAUGGACCAGGGCACCAACGCUUUGGACAUUUUGAAGGGCAACGUUUAUCCCUUGAAGUUGGGCUUUAUUGGAGUGGUGAAUAGAUCCCAGCAAGAUAUUCAGGACAAUAAGCUGCUCGAGGACUCGUUGCGCUCAGAGCAGCAGUUCUUUGCAAACCACCCAGCGUACCGCUCGUUCGCUUCGAAAUGUGGUACGCGUUACUUGUCCUUGACGUUGAACCGAAUCUUGAUGAACCACAUCAGAGAGAGAUUGCCUGACAUCAAGGCCAAGUUGAACACCCUCAUGGGCCAGACCGAGCAAGAGUUGGCUUCUUACGGGGAUUACCCCUCAUUGGUGGACACCAAAGAGGGCCGUGCUGCUUUGCUCCUCAAUUUGAUGACGAAGUUUGCCAACAGCGUCAUCAACUCUGUUGAGGGCACCUCUUUCGAUGAUGUCUCGAUCAAAGAGUUGUGCGGUGGUGCUCGUAUUUAUUAUAUCUACAACGAGGUGUUUGGCUCUCAAUUAGCUUCGAUCAACCCGACGCAGAAUUUAUCUGUCAAGGACAUUAGGACUGCCAUCAGAAACUCUCUGGGGCCACGCCCAUCGUUGUUUGUCCCCGAGUUGGCCUUUGACUUGCUCGUGAAGCCCCAAAUCAAGCUUUUAGAGGAGCCUUCUAGAAGAUGUGUUGAGCUUGUUUACGAAGAGCUUAUGAAGAUUGUUCACACCAUAUGUAAUGCUGGCAGCAACGUUGAUAUGACCAGAUACCCCAAGUUGCAAGCCAAGCUCAUGGAGACAGUUAGUGACUUGUUGCGCGAAAGGUUAGGUCCUACCAUAAAAUACGUCGAGUCGAUGAUCGAGAUCCAACAGGCAUACAUCAACACCAAUCAUCCUAACUUUGUCGGUGCUGCGAAGGCGAUGGCCAUUGUCGUUGAAGAAAGACGCAGACAACGUGAAAACGAACAGAGAGCUAGAAUGAGACUAGCCACGACGAAGAUUUUGAACAGAAACAAGGAGAGUGACGAGUCUGACGAGACAGAAAGUGAGCUUCCAAACGGUACUGCUGAACCUAAAGACAUUGAUAUAUCCCAGAUUGACGAUGACGUCAAGCCACCUGUCGUUCACAAGCACAAGAGAAGUGAUUCUCUCAAGACACAGCAAACACUCAAAUCGGACACUACCAGCCAGGGCCACGAGUCUUACUUCAACUACUUCUUCGGCAAAGACCCAAUCAUGCAUCAACAGCACUUGCAGGCGCAAGCACAAUUAAACCCAACACCAUUCAAAUUCCCUCAACCACAGGAGCCAACGUUGCAGUUCAACAACAACUUCAUCAGCAAUGGCGGCAGUAUACACGCCGACAUGAAGGGUCUUAACCUCCAGGACCAGGUACCUAACGGCAGCUCGGCAUCGGAGGCCGAGAAUGGCCUGGUUUCGCACAUUGAGCAUGGUGAGGAUGGAAGCAUUAACGAGCUCAACGAGCGUGAGCAGCUAGAAUGUGAGUUGAUCAGAAGAUUGAUCGUGUCGUACUUCGGUAUUGUGAGAGAGAUCAUUCAGGACCAGGUGCCAAAGUCAAUCAUGUGUCUCUUGGUGAACUACAUCAAGCAGAAUAUCCAGAACAGGCUCGUGGUGAAGUUGUAUAAUGAAAAGUAUUUUGACGAGUUGCUUCAGGAAGACGAGACGAUCCAGAUGGAGAGGGAGAAGUGUAUCAACUUGUUGAAAACAUACAGGGAGGCGUCGAAGAUUAUCAGCGAUGUUGUUUAA